AUGAGCCGGCAUGGCAUGCUGCCGCAAGACGCAUUUGUGAAGCACUGGCAUAGGGUGAGACACCAUUUUGUAAUGAAGAUACCGAGAUACUUACACGGUCUUCCUCUGUUCUGUGAUCAUCAGGCGUCUCACUUCGAGCGGGAAGUGCCAGAUGAGCUCCUCUACAACCUGCCAGGAGGCACAGCAGGCAAGACGCGUCAGGCUUCAGCGUGUCUCCCGCCAUCUGCGCAUCCGGCCCCCUCGCUUACCGACCAAUACCACACAAAGGCAUCCAAGCUGCAGAAGAUGCUUCCCACUCUAGUGCCAACAAACCAUGUCCUUGUCACGCCAACCCGUGAGUACUACUACGUGGCGGAGAACGAGCACAUGCGUGUGAUGGCCAUGACCUGUGGGGCGGACGCCGAUCUCAUGGUCCUGCCGCUGCAGAUUGAGUCUGAUGCGGAGGAGGGGGCGAGUGCCGAGGGACUGCUUCAGCUGUGGAUUGCUCCACACUACAACGGCAACCAGACGGUGUGGUUGCAGAAAUUCUCAUUUCCCAGCGAGGCCGAAGAUGUCCUCAACUCAUAUCUGCUACUCGACGCCAGCGCCGAUCCGAGCUUCGGCCGAUUUCUCCUUUCAAUCGACCUCAACACGGUUGAGGGAAUCAUGGAGAGGGCGAUAAAGGAGGUGGCGGGAGGACCUCGUGAUGCAGACACGGGGCGCCUGCAGCACCCCCCCACGAAGGAGCACCUCCAGCUGUUCCUGAGAUACCAGCGUGUGAAGGUGCCGAAGGGCGACCCGCCCACCGAGUACCUUGUCUUGUUGUUCGAUGGAAAGCGGGAUGAGGCCCAGCAAGUGUGGGAGGCGCAUCAGAAGAGGCAGCAGCGGAAGAGGAAAGCCGACACGAUGACCUCCGCACCACAGAACCCAUCCAGCUCCCCGCCUGAGGAGCCCACUGCCACCUGCAGUGCUGGCCCACCGGAGGAGCCCGCUGCUCCCUGCUGUGCUUGCCCACCUCCUUCCCUCUCUCAUCCUGAACCUCUCGUCCGGCCUGCCAAGGAGCCCGUGGCGAAAGAGAGGCUGGCGCCAUGCAGGGGGGGAACAGCAGGAAAGCCCUGUUCAAGAGGAUAUCGGAGCACUUUGCUUGUGCUCCCGUCAAUGAAUCUCUUCUCUCAAGCGGGUUCCGCAAGAAGAUGCAUCUGUGGGCGUGGGAAGCGAGGGACUUCCAGCCGCCCUUGGAGACAUGA